GAUCAUCAGGGUGGCUACGGCUGAACUUCUGCUCCUCCUUUGUUUGUUGCAUCACUUCAGUGUAACUUCAUUAAAAUGAAGACCUUCUCUCUGUGGAUCUCUGGGCUUCUGCUGAUCAGCCUCACAGGAGCACAUGGACUCGACUACUUUCCAGAAAACCUUGUGGUGGCAAAAGAGAACGAUGUAAAUCCCAUCAAACUGACCUGCGGUACGACGACCAAAGAGACUGUCACAUGGAAGCAUAAGGGUGAAGAGCUGGACGAGGACAGCGUGGAGGAAGGCGUCGAGCUGAACGGUUCAGAUCUGAUCCUGUCUAAAGUAGAAACCCCCUUGGUGGGAGAAUACAGCUGCUGGAGAGGAGAGAAGAUGCUGUCAUCAUUCCAUGUGCUGCUGGAGAAGGAGGAGGCGGGUGAACUAGAGUCCUUCAUGAGUUGUCGAGCAAAGUCCUACAACUGUAGCUUCAGCUGCACCUGGAACCGCACCGGAUACGCAGCAGUGCGUCUUGGACUGGGCCAUGACUGCCGUCAAGGUUUGAAGUCUUGUCAGUGGCUCGGCAGCAGCAGCAAGAAGAUCCAGAACGGGGCGUUCCAGUUUGAGCUGCCUCACUCCCUCUCGCCCUACGCUGAGGAGAGCAGCCGGCUUGAACUCACCGCCGAGGCCAUCAGCAUCAACAACCAGUCGGUCCUCAGGAGAAACAAGAACUUCUACCUCCGAGACAUCAUUCAACCUGACAGUCCCAAGAUUGUCAGGUGUCAGGCGGUGGACCAGGAGCUGAACGUGACCAUUGAGCCACCAUCCACCUGGUCGGCUCCUCACAGCUUCUUCACUCUGGAGAACGAGAUUGAAUACAGGCUGAAGGACGACGACAAGAGGGGACGUUCUUCAUCGACUCUGAUACCGAAGGGGAUCAGCCAGCUGAGGGUCCGCUGCAGAGACCCGCUGGUGGUCUCAGCCUGGAGCCAGUGGACUCCCUGGAAAAACGUGAGAACAGGGAGAGAGGUCCCAUGUCAAAGCAGAAAGAAAGGAGGGAAGAAGAACAGAAAGAAGAAGCAAGAAAAAAGAAAGAAUCAAGAUGCUGGGUUGAGUCAGGCAUCUUGAAAAGGGACUGUGCGGCUGGUGCACCGAUUUGGGAAAAGGCAGAAGAUAUUUUGGAUAUUUAUAAAGUAAUUGAAUUGUACCGUUGAUGUGUUGGGUCAGGCUGAAGAUUCAACACCGGAGAGCAUAAAGAUUUUGGAUUUCUAAAAGCAUAACAUCAUGAAAUUCUCUCACAACCAAGACGUCCCGCGCUACAGGCUGACUGUUGUGUUCGCUAAUUGGGUCAGUUUAACGGGAAAUUUAUUUAAAGUGAGUCCCUGUGACAAGCUUGAGGGCCCUUCUGUAUUACAGUGUUGUACUUUUGCACAUUCCCAAACUGGCACUUUCACAUCCCUGCACUGGAUAAUAAAAGUGAGUGAUAGCAGAC